AAACAAACUAUUGUAGACUAAAAACCAGAUGAGUAACAAAGGUAUUUUUGAGGUGAAUGCUUCAUAGUCAAACUGUUGAGAAAAUGCCAAGGACAAGGAAGGCUGAGAAUAAAAACCUGGAAGUUAAACCUAUAACAUUUUUGAUUCAAAGGUCAUCUUGUAAAGAGAGAAGAAAAACUGUACUGGCAAAAUCAUUCAUGGAAUUGAAAAGAAAGGCCUGUUUAGAGUUUAAGAUUGACAGCAACGAUGUAAAGUUUGUUUUACAAGAUGGUACUGAAGUAUCAGAUGAUGAUUUUCUGCAGACACGACCAAAUUAUACCUGUUUAACAUUACUGAAACAAGAAGAAUUUUACAGUUAUUUACCACAACAAGUCAAAGAAGCCUUAGACACCAUUGCGACUGUAAUAACCCAGAACAAAAGGGUAUUCAUAGAAGCAGAUGAAUUUGUUGAAGAAAAACUACAUUUACUCCAACAACUCCAGAAAAUAAUUGAAAAGAUAGUAGUAUCAGAUGAACAGAAAUUUGCUGAUUUAAGGAAAGACCAUAUGGAAUGGUUUGAAGGCUUAGAUUAUAGAUAUACAUCUAAGAAAGAAUUCAUGCAAGGCAAUGCACAACAAAGAAUCAGAAGCUACUAUUAUAAG